GUUUUUUUUCUCUGUCACUCCGCCAGUCUGCAUAACAUCUUGUAAUUUUUAUAAAUUAUCGGAUAAAUUAGAGUUGAAGAAUUAAUUAUAUUACAUCUUUAAAGUAUCGAAAUGGCAUCUCGACUAGUCAAUCUGCGGUAUCCUUUGAGAGCUUUAUCCAAACAAAAUAAAGUCUUGAACCUGAGUAGGCAAUGGAGGUGUGUGUCGAAUCUAGCCACCAACGAAUUAAGAGAAAAGUUAUUGAAUUUGCCACAAACAACGGUGACUGAACUUGGCAGCGGCUUGAAAGUAGCCACCGAAGAUUCUGGUGCACCAACAGCUACCGUUGGUUUAUGGAUCGAUGCUGGUUCACGAUGGGAAACCGAAGAUAAUAACGGUGUCGCUCAUUUCUUGGAGCACAUGGCUUUCAAAGGAACUGGUAAACGUUCGCAAGUAGAUUUAGAAUUGGAAAUUGAAAACAUGGGAGCGCAUUUGAACGCUUAUACUUCUCGGGAGCAGACUGUGUUUUAUGCCAAGUGUUUGAAGGAUGAUGUUCCCAAAGCUGUGGAAAUUUUGGCCGAUAUUCUGUUCAAUUCUAAAUUAGGAGAAUCGGAGAUCGAACGCGAAAGAGGCGUUAUUUUACGUGAAAUGCAAGAAGUGGACACGAAUUUGCAAGAAGUUGUAUUCGAUUAUUUACACGCUACCGCUUACCAACAGACACCUUUAGGAAGAACUAUUUUAGGACCGACUAAAAAUAUCCAAUCGAUUUCGAGAAAGGAUCUAGUUGAUUACGUUAGCUUGUUCUACAAACCAGCUCGUAUGGUUUUAGCCGGUGCUGGCGGAGUUGACCACGACCAAUUGGUUAAAUUAGCCGAACAGCAUUUCAAUGUACCUCCAGCAGAUACCAAUAAUCCGCUUUUAGAAAACCUGAACAUGAAACCUUGCAGAUACACUGGUUCUGAAUUGAAACACCGAGACGACGAUAUACCCUUCGCUCAUGUGGCCUUUGCGGUCGAAGGUUGCGGAUGGAACGAUCCAGAUAACAUUCCAUUGAUGAUCGCCAGCACCAUUAUCGGCGCUUGGGAUAGAACUCAAGGAAUCGGUUCGUUGAACGCUUCCCGAAUCGCCCGAGCUGGAGCUGAAGGAAAAGCAUUGAGCUAUCAAGCUUUCAACACGUGUUACAAAGAUACCGGAUUAUGGGGUAUUUACUUCGUUUCGCCCAGAGAACACAUCGAUGAUUUCAUGACCGCCGUCCAAGGUGAAUUCAGAAAUCUGUGUACCGCAGUCACACCUCAAGAUGUUGAAAGAGGAAAGAAUUUAUUGAAAACUAGUAUGUUAUUGCAAUUAGACGGUACAACGCCCGUAUGCGAGGAUAUCGGUAGACAAAUGUUGUGUUAUAACAGAAGGAUCCCUCUUCACGAAUUAGAAGAACGUAUUGAUAGAGUAACAGCUUCAGAUAUUCACCAAGUUAUGAUGAAAUAUUAUUACGAUCAAGAACCCGUUGUAGCAGCAGUAGGCCCCACCGAAGAAAUGACCGAUUACGCUAUGGUUCGUUCGUACAUGUUCUGGGCGGCAUUCUAGAGAAAUAGAGAUAAAACAACACUUCUCUGUUUGUAUCGCUUGUAACUCCUAAUUUUGUAUUAAACUGUAAGAAUUGUUAAAAUAAAUUCAUUAUAGGUGUA